CCGAUUCCUUACUUCCGGGAGCAUAGCCCGCGUAAAGCGGAAGUGAAAAGGAACUAAAUUAGCCGGCGGAUCGGAAGUAGUUGCACCCGGCGCCGCCAGGACAGGCAGUUGGCCGGAAGGUGGGGUUGGGGCCCCGCCAUGACCCGUGACCCGGACCUAGACCAGGACCUCAAGAAGAAGGAAUGGACUCCCUUGGAUACGCGACCCUCAGGAUCCAGUGCCUUCUCUCCCUCGCCCCCCCGAGGAUUUAGCUUCCUCUCCACUAACUCGUGGUGACCCAGGAUUUGGGGGUCUAUUCUGUUAUCCAAGCUCUGCUUCCAGGACCCCUGCCCCUGCCCCUGAUACUGUGACCCUUGGACUCUAAACUUAUCAAAUGAUUGUUAGGUCCGUAAUUCGUGGCCUUAGAGCGCCAGGCUUCUCUCCUUGCCCAACCAAACCUUAUCUAUGAAUUUUCCAAGUUUGUAUAUGACCCAAGGUAACAAGUAUAUAGGGCCCACGGACUUGUUCCUACAUCCCUCUGACCGUGCUCUGAAUUCCUAUAUACUUUGUCUCCCAAAACUUUAAGACCUUAUUUGUAGGAGUCUAGACCCACUCCAGAGUCCCAAACUCAUUCAGGGCUUCCAGAUAUGCCUCUAGGAUCCUGAGUUCCCAGCUUGGAAACCCCAAAUCCACCACAGGACCUUUGGUCUCCUGUCUUAUGGCCCCAUCUCUGAAACCUGGCCAGGAGACCUUUACCCAAGACGUAAGAUGCUACCUCCUGGACUUCCAAAAACCUCAUUUUAAAGACUUUGGAGCCCAUUUAACUCAACCAGGCUCUCUCCCUAGAUAUCUUGUCAGGCCCCAAGUCUUAUCUACAUGAUGCCCAGCCCCACUGGGGAAUGCCUGGACUCCAAAGCUGUUGGAAGAUAUUCCAGGCCUGCCUCACAAAACCUAUACUUUGUUUUAGGACCUCCACUAUCUCCCCAGAAACUCCCAUCCUGUUCUACAACCCUCAGGGCUCAAGCCUUCUGCCCCUCACUCCCCAUCACAGGAUCAUUAUGAUUCCCAGAUAUCCCAAGAACCCUCAGUUCAAUCACAGACCCAGAUCAGAACUAUCAGAACUGCCUUUCUUGCCUGCUGUCUGAAAUUAUCUUCAGCCUACCCGGUCCCACAGGCAGGCAGCCCUGGAGGUCACUGCUCGAUACUGCAGCCGGGAGCUAGAUCAGUAUGGCCAGUGUGUGGCAGCCAAGCCUGAGUCAUGGCAGCGGGACUGUCACCACCUUAAGAUGAGCAUUGCUCGGUGCACAUCAUCCCACCCCAUCAUCCGCCAGAUCCGCCAGGCCUGUGCUGAACCUUUUGAAGCCUUUGAGGAGUGUCUUCGUAGAAAUGAGGCAGCAGUUGGCAACUGUGCUGAACAUGUGCGCCGCUUCCUGCAGUGUGCUGAGCAGGUGCAGCCACCGGGUUCACCCACAACUGGAGAGGCACAGCCCCUUCCUGCCUCCUGAAGACCCUUUAAGGACUUAGGAAAACUGGACAUGAGUGACUAGCCACUUGAUGCCCUCCCCUGGCAGAGUAUAUAUUUGGAGUCUUGGGGAUCCUGGUGUUUAAUACUCCUACUAAAUAAAGACUGUGUACUGUG